AUGACUAAUAGUGUUAGGGUUAAUAGUAUAAUUGGAAAACAUAACUAUGAAAUAAAUUCUUAUAUUGAUGAAGUAGCACUAAGGUUUUGCAAACUAACUGAUGAGAUACUUAAAAAGAUAAAGUUCUGGAUGAUUCAUAUAACAACCCAAUAUAAUUUAUUGGUUGCUUCAUUUCUAUAUAAAAAUCUUAUUGUAGCUACAGCAAUUUUUAAAAACAAGACUGAAGCAAUAUUUGUAUGGGUUCUUCAAGAAUUAAUAAAUUCUUGUGACAUUGCACUAAUAGUUCUCUAUUUUGAUGCUGAUUCUGCUAUGUUAUCAGCAGUACAAAAGAAUUAUCUAGAAAUUUAUUACUUUCAUUGCAUCUUCCAUAUAGACCUAAAUUUAAGAAAGAAAAUUCAAGAAAAUUAA